CCAUACAUUUUGGCAACAUUCAGAAGAUUCCAAAUUUACUGAACAUACGCAGAGUGGCUCUUUCUUGGUGCACAGGUCUCAGGGACUUGACAUGGUUGCUAUUAGCCCCGAAUCUUAGCGAACUAAGGGUACAUGAAUGUCAGCAAAUAGAACAUAUAAUAAACAAAGAGAAAGCCACGGGUGGUAUGAGCGAGCAGCCCUUCCGAAAUCUAACUAGGCUAGGCCUAGAUAGUUUACCUCGACUGGAGAGCAUCUACUGGACUCCUCUACCCUUCCCAGUUCUGAAAUAUCUUUACAUAAGAGGUUGUCCAAAGCUGAGAAGACUUCCAUUUAGCACUAAAGGGCAUCAAGUGCGAUCGGAUAUUUACCAAGAAUGGAUCAAAGGAGUUGAAUGGGAGGAUCAAGCUACGAAGCAACAUCUCUCCAAUUAUGAUGACAGGGAUUUUCCGAAGAUUCCCGAAGAGCAGAAGAUGGAUGGUUUGGCAUCUGAGUCACAUCCAAUCGAAGAGAUAGUCCUGGUAGAGACUUUAGGAAGCGGAAAAGGUACCACUACAAACAGCAUCACCGAAGAGGUUCAGUCGGGAACACACGCUACUGUAGAACACACCCAAACAUACAGAUAUUUAACGCCAGAUUGCAUGAUCAGCAAUAGGAUUGACAAUCGUGGUGUUGGACGAAAGGCAGUGCAGCCGAGCGGGGUGAUAGUGACGCCAAGUCUAAAGAAGUUUUCAUUAGUGGAUCUUAAGACGGCGACAAAAAAUUUCCGGCCGGAAUCAAUGAUCGAAGAAGGUGGAUUUGGACAAGUAUUCAAAGGAUGGUUGGAAGAGAAGACGUUAGCUCCGUCCAGGGCCGGCGUUGGAAUACCAGUAGCCGUUAAGAAAUCAAGCCCUGAUAGUACUCAAGGUUUGCAUGAAUGGCAGUGUGAAGUGAGAUUUUUAGGGAAAUUUCAUCACCCAAAUCUGGUCAAGCUCUUGGGUUAUUGCUGGGAAGAAAAUCAGUUCCUCUUGGUGUACGAGUAUUUGCCUAAAGGAAGCCUUGAAAAUCACCUCUUCUCAAAAGGAGAGGCGUUAACAUGGGAUACACGUUUGAAAAU